UGUGGAUGUGUGUGGAGACUCCAGCUUUGCGAAACUUUCCCUAUGAACUGAAAGCCCCUGAGAAAAACAGGCUACAUCCAAAGUUUUGGCAAAGGGUACUUCAUGGACUCACUUCCCAUGCUUGUUACAAGCUUGACCUUGCUCUGAAGACAUGUGAAACCUACUGACCACCGAUCUCCCACGGAGCAAAACCUGGCCUGCAGGUGAACCCAGUCACAUGCCUCGUGACUCAUGUCAAGUUCUAUGACCGUGAUCAAGAUUAAAAUGGGGAACUCCGAGAGUCAGUACACUCUUCAAGGAUCUAAAAAUUAUAGCAAUACUAUUACCGGUGCUAAGCAAAAGCCUUGCUCCCUGAAAAUACGCAGCAUUCAUGCAAAAGAUGAGAAGUCUCUGCGUGGCUGGGACCAUGGAGGCAGCGGAGCAGGCUACAAGUCUCGGUCCCUGGCUCGGAGCUGCCUUUCUCACUUUAAGAGCAAUCAGCCUUAUGCCUCGAGACUCGGUGGACCCACUUGCAAAGCCUCCAAAGGCACUGCCUAUUCCAAACACAGGACAAAUGCCCCGGGAAAUGGUUUCCAGGGCAGCAACUCUGCUUUCUCCCUUGAGAAUGGCUUCCACUGUGUUGGCCCCCAGCCAGCGGAGAGCCACACCUCGAGAGACUGCAGCGGACACCUGCUCAACUGCUACGGGAGGAAUGAGAGCCUCGCCUCCACACCGCCCGGCGAAGACCGCAAGAGCCCCAGGGUGCUAAUCAAGACGCUGGGCAAGUUGGACGGGUGUUUAAGGGUCGAGUUCCACAACGGUGGCACCCUCACCCAGGUGCCUGCUGAGGAGUCCAGGGGUCCCGUCCAGCUGCUCCGGUACUCACCCGCCUUAGAGCCUGGAACCCCCCCUUUACCUGAAGCCAGGAGGGAUUCCAGCGCUGACUCCCCACCCAGCCCUCGCCCUUCUCCCACAGACUCACGCCUGCGGUCAAGCAAAGGCAGCUCCCUGAGCUCUGAGUCGUCCUGGUACGACUCCCCGUGGGGCCAGGCCUGUGAGCUGAGUGAGGCGGAGGGCUCCUCCCUGGGCCCCUGCAUGCCCGACCCCAGCCUCCAUGCUGGCUUCCCAUCUGCUGACACCAAAAAGCCUUUCAACCAAAGCUCUUCCCUCUCCUCUCUCCGGGAUCUGUACAAAGAUGGCCCCCUGGAGAGUCUGUCCCCUUCAGGUGUCCGACUUUCAGACGAGUACACGGGGACGCUCGCCAGCCUCACUGCCCGUGUCUCCUUCGCCUCUGACAUCGAUGUGCCCUCCAGGGUGGAGCACAGGGACCCCAUCCAGUACACUUCCUUCACCCUCCCUUGUCGCAAGUCCAAAGCCUUAACUGAGGACACCGCAAAGAAGGACAGCCUCAAAGCCAGGAUGCGACGGAUCAGCGACUGGACAGGAAGCCUCUCCAGGAAGAAAAGGAAACUGCAGGAGCCAAGGUCCAAGGAGGGCAGUGACUACUUUGACAGCCGCUCUGAGGGACUGAAUGCCGCCGAUGUGCAGGUGCCCUCGCAGGCCACUGCCUUCCUGUGGUCAGGGGGCGCAGCUCAGCCCUUGUCUCAGAGAAACGAAUCAACCCAUGCAAUCGGCAGUGAUCCCCUCCAACAGAACAUUUACGAGAAUUUCAUGCGAGAGUUGGAAAUGAGCAGGGCCAACACGGAGAACAUAGAGACAUCUACAGACACCGCUGAGUCCAGCAGCGAGUCACUCAGCUCCCUGGAACAACUGGAUCUGCUCUUUGAGAAGGAACAGGGUGUGGUCCGGAAAGCCGGGUGGCUCUUCUUCAAACCCCUGGUCACUUUGCAGAAGGAAAGGAAGCUCGAGCUGGUGGCUCGGAGGAAGUGGAAACAGUACUGGGUAACACUUAAAGGAUGCACCCUGCUGUUUUAUGAGACCUACGGGAAGAACUGCACGGACCAGAAGAGUGCCCCUCGGUGUGCUCUGUUUGCAGAGGACAGCAUCGUGCAGUCUGUCCCAGAGCACCCCAAGAAGGAGAAUGUGUUCUGCCUCAGCAACUCCUUUGGGGAUGUCUACCUUUUCCAGGCCACAAGCCAAACAGAUCUAGAGAACUGGGUCACAGCCAUACACUCUGCCUGUGCCUCCCUUUUUGCAAAAAAGCAUGGGAAGGAGGACACGGUGCGGCUGCUAAAGAACCAGACCAAGAACCUGCUUCAGAAGAUUGACAUGGACAGCAAGAUGAAGAAGAUGGCAGAGCUGCAGCUGUCCGUGGUGAGCGAUCCAAAGAACAGGAAAGCCAUUGAGAACCAGAUCCAGCAAUGGGAACAAAAUCUGGAGAAAUUUCACAUGGAUCUGUUCCGGGUGCGUUGUUAUCUGGCCAGCUUACAAGGUGGGGAGUUGCCAAACCCCAAGAGUCUCCUCGCUGCUGCCAGCCGCCCCUCCAAGCUAGCCCUGGGCAGACUGGGGGUCUUGUCUGUUUCCUCCUUCCACGCUCUGGUGUGCUCUAGAGAUGACUCUGCUCUUCGGAAAAGGACCCUCUCACUGACCCAGAAAGGGAGAAACAAGAAGAGCAUAUUUUCCUCAUUAAAAGGGCUGGACACACUGGCAAGAAAAGCAAAGGAGAAAAGACCUUCUAUAACUCAGAUAUUUGAUUCAAGCGGCAACCAUGGAUUUUCUGGAACUCACCUACCUCAAAGCUCUAGUCACUCCAGUGAGGUUGAUGAACUUCUGCCGAUAUAUGGUUCAUCAGUGGAUGGUGUUUCCCGAGACAACACGUGGGAAGUCCAGACUUACGUUCACUUUCAGGAUAACCAAGGAGUUACUGUUGUGAUUAAGCCAGAACACAGAGUGGAAGAUAUUUUGACGUUGGCAUGCAAGAUGAGGCAGCUGGAACCCAGUCACUAUGGCCUACAGCUUCGAAAGCUGGUAGAUGACAGCAUCGAGUCCUGUGUUCCUGCACCUCAUGAAUACAUGCAAGAACAGGUUUAUGAUGAAAUAGAAGUCUUCCCACUGAAUGUUUACGACGUGCAGCUCACGAAGACUGGGAGUGUGUCCGACUUCGGCUUUGCUGUCACGGCGCAGGUGGAUGAACGCCAGCGUCUCAGCCGAAUAUUUGUAAGCGACGUGCUCCCUGAUGGCUUGGCCUAUGGGGAAGGGCUGAGAAAGGGCAAUGAAAUCAUGACCUUAAAUGGGGAAGCUGUUUCUGAUCUUGACCUCAAGCAAAUGGAGGCCCUGUUUUCAGAGAAGAGCGUUGACCUCACUCUGAUUGCCCGGUCUCCGUCCACAAAAGCAACCCUAUCUACUUCCUGGUCAGACAGUGACCUGUUCUCCAGGGACCAGAAGAGUCUACUGCCCCCUCCUAACCAGUCUCAGCUCCUGGAGGAGUUCCUGGAUAACUUUAAGAAGAAUACAGCAAAUGAUUUCAGCAACGUCCCUGACAUCACAACUGGUCUGAAAAGGAGUCAGACGGAUGGCACCCUGGAUCAAGUCUCCCACCGGGAAAAACUGGAACAGACUUUCAGGAGUGCUGAGCAGAUUGCUGCGCUGUGUAGGAGUUUUAACGACACCCAGGCCAACAGCAUGGAGGGACCGAGGGAAAGUCAGGAUGCCCCCCUGAGGCCGCUGGCCCGCCACCUCUCCGACGCAGACCGCCUCCGAAAAGUCAUCCAGGAGCUCGUGGACACAGAGAAGUCUUAUGUGAAGGAUCUGAGCUGCCUCUUUGAAUUAUACUUGGAGCCACUUCAGAAUGAGACCUUUCUUACCCAAGAUGAGAUGGAGUCACUCUUCGGAAGUUUGCCAGAGAUGCUUGAGUUUCAGAAGGUGUUUCUGGAGACUCUGGAGGAUGGGAUUUCAGCAUCAUCUGACUUUAACAUCCUGGAAACCCCCUCGCAAUUUAGAAAAUUACUGUUCUCCCUCGGAGGCUCCUUCCUUUAUUACGCGGACCACUUUAAACUGUACAGCGGGUUCUGUGCCAACCAUAUUAAAGUACAGAAGGUUCUAGAGAGAGCUAAAACUGACAAAGCCUUCAAGGCUUUUCUGGAUGCCCGGAAUCCCACCAAGCAGCACUCCUCCACCCUGGAGUCAUACCUCAUCAAGCCCGUGCAGAGGGUUCUCAAGUACCCGCUGCUGCUCAAGGAGCUCGUGUCCCUGACAGACCACGAGAGCGAGGAGCACUAUCACCUGACAGAAGCACUAAAGGCAAUGGAGAAAGUAGCGAGUCACAUCAAUGAGAUGCAGAAGAUCUACGAGGAUUACGGGACGGUGUUUGACCAGCUCGUAGCAGAGCAGAGUGGGACGGAGAAGGAGGUAACAGAGCUUUCGAUGGGGGAACUUCUGAUGCACUCUACUGUGUCCUGGUUGAAUCCGUUUCUGUCUCUGGGAAAAACCAGAAAGGACCUUGAGCUCACAGUAUUCGUUUUCAAGAGAGCUGUCAUACUGGUUUAUAAAGAAAACUGCAAAUUGAAAAAGAAAUUGCCCUCCAACUCCCGGCCCGCACACGGCUCUGCUGACCUGGACCCGUUCAAGUUCCGCUGGCUGAUUCCCAUAUCCGCGCUGCAAGUCAGGCUGGGGAACACUGCAGGGACAGAAAAUAAUUCCAUUUGGGAGCUGAUCCAUACGAAGUCAGAAAUAGAAGGACGGCCUGAAACCAUCUUUCAGUUGUGUUGCAGUGACAGUGAAAGCAAAACCAACAUUGUCAAGGUGAUUCGUUCUAUCCUGAGGGAAAACUUCAGGCGUCACAUAAAGUGUGAAUUGCCACUGGAGAAAACAUGUAAGGAUCGGCUGGUGCCUUUGAAGAACCGAGUUCCUGUCUCAGCCAAAUUAGCGUCCUCCCGGUCACUCAAAGUCCUCAAGAACUCCUCCAGCAGCGAGUGGGCCAGCGAGACGGGCAAGGGCAGCUCGCUGGACUCGGACGAGUGCAGCCUGAGCAGCAGCACCCCGAGCAGCGGCUGCACCCCCGCGGGGGCCAGGCAGGACUCCCAGGGCGCAUCUCCUGAGAAACACCCACACUCCGACUCGGCAGAGUUCUCAGACAGUCUCAUCAAAGAGAGUGACAUCCUGAGCGACGAGGACGACGACUGCCAGCAGACGCUGAGACGGGGCAGCCCCACCAAGGACAUCGAAAUCCAGUUCCAGAGACUGAGAAUCUCCGAGGACCCUGCGGCUCAGCCCGCUGGGCAGCCACCCGGUACAGAGGCGAGCGAGGGCCAGCGGGGACGAGAGCAGCCCAGACUGGUCCGGGGGCACUUCUGCCCCAUUAAGCGAAAAGCCAACAGCACCAGGAGGGACAGAGGGACCCUGCUCAAGGCGCAGCUCCGCCACCAGUCCCUGGACAGUCAACCUGAAAACACCAGCGUUGACCUGAAUUCUGUCCUGGAGCGAGAGUUCAGUGUCCAGAGUCUGACAUCAGUUGUCAACGAGGAGUGUUUUUAUGAAACAGAGAGCCACGGAAAAUCGUAGUAGGUUUGGUCCAGGUCUGGGUCACUUUGCCCAGCUUACUUUGAAGUCGGUGGUAAAGUGGAAAUCACAGAAAAACCACCCAUUAGUGGUUCUGUGCAGUAUACAUUUUCCCACCAAACAGCUGUAAAGACUUAAGUUAUUUUAAUUUAUUAUGGAUCAGGAAACUAGAUUAAGCUGGUCAGAAUCUGUAAAUUUCUUAGUUUCUAUCCAAUCCAAGCAGGUAUCAAAGUGACUUAGAAUCCUUAAAAUAAAAUUGCAUUCUAAUUAUUUUAAGUUAUGUGGAAAAAGACUGGGGAAGUUGUGAUUAAUAGCUUUUUUAAAGGAUCAUCUUUUUUCAAUCCUCUGGACAUUUUCUUUGAGCUGUUAGUAUUUGCUUUAUUUAAAGCAUAUUUAUUUUAAUGUGGUUUAGGGGCACAAUUGCAGCUACUUCAUUUUUGUAAGGUUGUAACAGACGCUGUUUAUACUAAACAUGUUCUAUCUAUGCAGUAUAUAUAUUAAAGAAAGCUUGUACUGUAUCUUAUUUGAUAUUUAUUUUCUCUACCAAGCUGUACAGUAAAAGGACAACGAGGCACA